UGCGCGUGCUGCUGCUGCUGGGCCUGCUGCACUGGGCCGGGGGCGGCGAGGGCAGGAAGACCUGGCGGCGCCGCGGCCAGCAGCCAGCCCCCCCGCCGCCCCUGCAGCGGGCCGAGGCGGCGCCGGCGGCCGGACAGCCGGUGGAGAGCUUCCCGCUGGACUUCACGGCCGUGGAGGGCAACAUGGACAGCUUCAUGGCGCAGGUCAAGAGCCUGGCGCAGUCCCUGUACCCCUGCUCCGCGCAGCAGCUCAACGAGGACCUGCGCUUGCACCUUCUGCUCAACACCUCGGUGACUUGCAACGACGGCAGCCCCGCCGGNNNNUACCUGAAGGAGUCCAAAGGUAGUCGGCGGUGGCUACUCUUCCUGGAAGGCGGCUGGUACUGCUUCAACCGGGAGAACUGUGAUUCCAGAUACGAUACCAUGCGGCGCCUCAUGAGUUCCAAAGACUGGCCGCGCACUCGUACAGGCACGGGAAUCCUAUCCUCACAACCGGAGGAGAACCCCCACUGGUGGAAUGCAAACAUGGUCUUCAUCCCCUACUGCUCCAGUGAUGUGUGGAGUGGGGCUUCAUCGAAGUCUGAGAAGAACGAGUAUGCUUUCAUGGGCGCCCUCAUCAUCCAGGAGGUGGUGCGGGAACUCCUGGGCAGAGGGCUGAGUGGGGCCAAGGUGCUGCUGCUGGCCGGAAGCAGCGCGGGGGGCACCGGGGUCCUGCUGAACGUGGACCGCGUGGCCGAGCAGCUGGAGGAGCUGGGCUACCCGGCCAUCCAGGUUCGGGGCCUGGCUGACUCAGGCUGGUUCCUGGACAACAAGCAGUAUCGCCACACCGACUGCAUCGAUACCAUCACCUGUGCGCCCACUGAGGCCAUCCGCCGUGGCAUCAGGUACUGGAACGGAGUGGUCCCAGAGCGCUGCCGGCGCCAGUUCCAGGAAGGCGAGGAGUGGAACUGCUUCUUUGGCUACAAGGUCUACCCAACUCUGCGCUGCCCAGUGUUCGUGGUGCAGUGGCUGUUUGAUGAGGCCCAGCUGACUGUGGACAACGUGCACCUCACAGGACAGCCUGUGCAGGAGGGCCAGUGGCUGUACAUCCAGAACCUCGGCCGUGAACUGCGCAACACACUCAAGGACGUGCCGGCCAGCUUUGCCCCUGCCUGCCUCUCCCACGAGAUCAUCAUCCGGAGCCACUGGACAGAUGUCCAGGUGAAGGGGACCUCACUGCCCCGAGCGCUGCACUGCUGGGACAGGAGCCUCCACGACAGCCACAAGGCCAGCAAGGCCCCCCUGAAGGGCUGCCCCGUCCACCUGGUGGACAGCUGCCCCUGGCCCCACUGCAACCCCUCGUGCCCCACCGUCCGGGACCAGUUCACAGGGCAGGAGAUGAAUGUGGCCCAGUUCCUCAUGCACAUGGGUUUCGACGUGCAGACGGUGGCCCAGCAGCAGGGACUGGAGCCCAGCAAGCUGCUGGGGAUGCUGAGCAGCGGAAGCUAGGGUGGCUGCCUGGAGGAAGAGCUGGUGCUGAGGGGCUGGACCACCUGCUGCCCCGGUGCCACCUUAACCCCCACCGGCAGGUCCCCUCCAACCUUGGUCUGGAUGCUCUGCCAACAGUCUUCCUUGUCCCACGGUCUUCCUUGCCCCUCUCCCUGCAGGAGGCCUAGCCCCAGCUGUGGCCUGGGGACCCUUCCCCAAUGAGAGGCAGCCGAAGAGAAGCACUGGAUUCCUCAGCCACCAGCUCAGACAGCCCCCAGCCCAGCCCCCGUCAAUCAUGCCCUUU